CAGAAGGUACGAAGAAGAUCAACGUAGGUUUUAUGGACCUAUGUACUCUUACAUGGCUCAUCAAGGCUCCUUCCACACUAUGGCUCAACCACCCCCACCCCCCUCUUGGUAUGACCCCACUCAAUGGGGUAACUUUGGAGGAUCUAGCUCCGGGGGUGGAGGUUAUGAUGGCGGGGACAACAGAGAUGCUUACAUGGGCGACGGGAGUUUUAGAGGCGGCUUUGGAGGCGGCUUUGGAGGCGGCUUUGGAGGCGGGUACUAUGGCGGCGAAGGUGGGCACUAGGGACAGUGCUUGGACUGAGAAGGGGGGAGACUCCUCAUGGAACUCAUUUGAUCUCUUGGAAGAACGAGGAGAAGAAAAGAAAGAAGAUAUAGAAGAGAAGAAGAAAAAGAGGCUAGAAGAUGGAGCAUAGAAGAUCAUAAAACCAAAGAAAGAAUGUUGUUUGUAAACUCAUUUUUAUUUCUUGGUGAUCUUAGUUUCUUUCUUUCUUGAACUCAUGGGAAGAUCU